GCAAGUCCUGCUCUGGGGCCCUUCCCCAUGCGUCUCCCAUUCUCUUCCCAGGUCAUCACCUACAUCCUCAGCUUCUUGCCCAUUGCCGACAGGAAGGAGGCCUCUCUGGUGAAUCACACCUGGUACUUUGCGGCCCAGGACUCCCUUCGGCAGCCCCACCUGACCGUGCUGGACCUCACUGGGUGCUCUGAGCUGUCCGACCGGGCCGCCCUCGCUGUGUCCGCGGGGCUGCGAGCCCUGCAGAGCCUGGGCCUGGGGAAGCUCCAGCGCCUGACGGAUGGGGGUUUCCUGGGCAUUGCUGAGCUCCGGAACCUGCAGAGGCUGGACCUGUCUGAGUGCAGCCUCGUGAGCGGCAGUGAGCUGGUGAAAGUGUGCUCCACCCCGGAGCUGCGGCCUAGCCUGGCCUCCCUCAGCUUCGCCUUCUGCUCUCUGCUCAGAGACAGCUCUGUCCUCUCGCUGGCCAGGUCCCUCAGCCCCAGUCUGCGGGUAUUAGACCUCUCCUCCUGCGUCUCCAUCACCAACGUGAGCAUCCAAGCGAUUUCCUCCCACCUCCCCCGGCUGACUGUCCUGCGACUGGCCUGGUGCAAGGAGCUGACGGACUGGGGCCUCCUGGGCGUAGAGGAGCCCAGAGAGGAGCCCUGGCUGAUGCCCAACCUGGAGCAGGAUCCCAAGGUCCUCAGCGACUCCGCCCGGAACGAGUCCCAGAAGCAGCACCAGGCCUCCCUGCAGGCGCUAGAACAGCUGCAAGAGCUCGACCUCAUGGCCUGCAGCAAGCUGACCGACCGCAGCAUCUCCAAGGUUAUCCGCUUCCCCACCCUGAGGCGGCUGUCCCUCAGCUUGCUACCGGAGAUCACCAACGCCAGCCUGGUAGCGGUGGCCAGGGGUUGCCAGAGCCUGGAGCAGCUGUCCAUGAGUCACUGCGGAAAGCUGACUGACAAAGGCUUCCUGGAGGCCGCUAGCUCUCUACGGAGACUCCAGCACUUAGUCAUCUCUGGCUGCAGCCAGCUCACACGCCAGACACUGAUGGCCAUCAGCAGGGAGUGCAGACAGCUGAAGAGCCUGGAUGUCUCCAUGUGCCAUGGGAUCAGCAUGGCCGAUAUUGAGCUUUUCCAGGCCCAGCUGCCCCUGCAGACGUGUGUCCAGUCGCGCUUUGUGGGCGGAGCAGAUCUUUCCUUCACCCUGUGA